AAAGAUUUUAAAGUAAAAUGCCGGUACUUGGAGAACAGGACAUGCCAUGCUUAUUAUAUUUACGUUUGCUUGCCAGUAACCUGCACGGUACACAGCGACUCGACUGAAAUCGGGUUUUUAAUUCCGACGAGCCGCUGUGAUGCGAACCAUGACGUGCAGCGGCACAGCUAGAACACUGUCGAGGGGACGAGGCGAUGGAUCUGUCUUCUGAGUGAAUAUAAAACCCUGUCUGAAUUGAGUAGCAUAUCGGCCACAGUGCUGUAUGCAGAGCUGUCGAUGCACUGUGAUGACGGAGAUUACUGGCGACACAGGCACUGUGUGUGUGUGUGCGCGCCUUGGUUUUCAGUAAAGGUUUUGCUGCUACCCAGUUUUGAACUGUUUUACCAGCAACUUAUAUUUGAUGUGCACGAGCCUGUUGCAGUUGUUUGAUUGACCUUCAUUACUGUGACCUCACUUAAAGAUAUAUGCAAGAACUGAGAAUUUACUACCGCUUGACGCUGCUACUUUUUUUUUUUUGUAACUGUGCAACUACAGCGAUUCACAUCGCAGGAACAUAUCAUGCCGGGGAAAAAGACAGUGAAGAGGCCGUCACCGCCAGAGGAAAUCAAAGCAGCCAAGAAAGUGAAAGCCUCUUUAGUGUCACACAGCUCCCACAGGACAGUGCCAGGCCUGGUGCUGGCACUGGGGCAGGGAGACGUGGGGCAGCUGGGGCUGGGUGAGGAUGUGAUGGAGAGGAAGAAGCCGGCACUCGUCUCCCUCCCUGAGAAGAUUGUCCAGGCCGAGGCUGGAGGGAUGCAUACAGUGUGCCUCAGUGAAACUGGCAAUAUCUACACUUUUGGCUGCAACGAUGAAGGUGCUUUGGGGCGUGAUACGUCGGUAGAGGGGUCGGAAAUGAGUCCCGGCAAAGUGGAACUGAAGAAGAAAAUAGUGCAGGUGUCAGCGGGCGACAGCCACACUGCAGCGCUGACAGAGGAGGGCAGGGUUUACAUCUGGGGAUCCUUCAGGGAUAAUAACGGAGUGAUCGGUCUGUUGGAGCCAAUGAAGAAGUGCAUGUUGCCAGUGCAGAUUCAGAUAGAUGCUGCAGUCCUCAAAAUAGCAUCAGGCAACGACCAUCUUGUGAUGUUGACAGUGGAUGGAGAGCUUUACAGCUCAGGCUGUGGAGAGCAGGGGCAGCUGGGAAGAGUCCCCGAGCGCUUCACCAACAGAGGGGGCAGGAGAGGCCUGGAGCGCCUCCUGAUACCCCAGUGUGUCCCUGUGAAAGGCAGGAGCAAGGUCCGCUUCCAGGACGUGUUCUGUGGGGCUUACGUUACCUUCGCUGUGUCACAGGAGGGGCACGUCUACGGUUUUGGGCUAUCCAACUACCACCAGCUAGGAACUCUAAGCACCAACUCCUGCUUCGCUCCUCUAAACCUCACUGCCUUCAAGAACUCUACCAAGUCCUGGGUGGCGUUUUCUGGGGGACAGCACCACACUCUCUGUCUGGAUUCUGAAGGUAAAGCGUACAGCCUGGGCAGGGCAGAGUACGGGCGGCUGGGUCUGGGGGAGGGAGCCCAGGAGGUGAAGGAGCCCACCGUCGUGCCAGGGCUGACGGGCGUGCAGUCAGUGGCCUGUGGAGCUUCAGUGAGCUGUGCUGUCACCAAGGAUGGACGUGUGUUUGCUUGGGGAAUGGGCACCAACCUGCAGCUGGGCACCGGGGAGGAGGAGGAUGAGUGGAGUCCCUUGGAGAUGACAGGGAAGCAGCUGGAGAACCGGGUAGUACUGUCUGUGUCCAGCGGAGGGCAGCACACUGUGCUUCUGGUCCAGGACAAACAGCAAAGCUGAUGAACUCUGCAAAGCCAAGAAUCUGAAAAGACAGAGACAGACAAUGAGCCAUGCAUCUCUGGAGGAAUCUGCAUAUAAUCACCUACUGGAAAAUGUACUGUUCAGUCUCACUAGAGAGUUAAAGAUGUGAGAGGCAUAGUCUGAACUGGGAUGGAUUGAUAGAUUAUGAUAAAAGAAAAACAAUAUAUACUUUUUUAAUUGUGUUUGUUAGUUUUUGAGUCUUCAGUUUGCUAUCCAGGGACAUUUGUCAAUAUACAAAAAACUGCUUUUAAGACAGAUAGAAAAUAAGCCUUUUAAAGGAGAUGUGCACAUGCAGGGAAUCUACCAAAUGUGAUCGUAGUUCACAUUAUGUGAUUUUAGUAGCAUUUUCAAGUGUACAAAGUUGUCCUUGUAAAUUACCUUUUUGUUCAUCAGAGGUGGAUGAACCCAUGAUAGUAUAUCUGCUGACGUUACCAUUAUACAGGCUGGCUUCUAAUUCGCGUGCCGUAUUUAAACUUCAUUAAACAUUAGCUUGCUGGUGUAUGGAUGCAUGCACUGUUUCUUCAUACACUUGAGCAAGGAUUGGUUCUGUUAUGAGGUGGAAAUAACAGUAAGUAGACUUACUGCAAUUAUAAACAUCUCUGUUAAAUGCAGCAUUUGCUAAUUGCAUCCUAUACUGUAACAGUUCAACUACAAACUUUUAACACUGUUAUAUUAACAUGGUAUUUAAUCCUGACAGAAUCUGCUUUUACAGGACUCUAAAUAGCUGUUGCUGUUUUAACUAGUUCAUUUAUUUACCUUGCCAACAGCGCAUGUUGUCUUUAACACGGAGUAGAUGGGUGCGUGCAGUGUGUUGCUCGUUACUAGCUGGGUGCGUGCUGCGUGUUGCUCGUUACUAGCUGGGUGCGUGCUGCGUGUUGCUCGUUACUAGCUGGGUGCGUGCUCUGUGUUUUGCUCGUUACUAGCUGGGUGCGUGCUGCGUGUUGCUCGUUACUAGCUGGGUGCGUGCUCUGUGUUUUGCUCGUUACUAGCUGGGUGCGUGCUGCGUGUUGCUUGUUACUAGCUGGGUGCUGCGUGUUGCUCGUUACUAGCUGGGUGCGUGCUCUGUGUUCUGCUCGUUACUAGCUGGGUGCGUGCUGCGUGUUGCUCGUUACUAGCUGGGUGCGUGCUGCGUGUUGCUCGUUACUAGCUGGGUGCGUGCUGCGUGUUGCUCGUUACUAGCUGGGUGCGUGCUGCGUGUUACUCGUUACUAGCUGGGUGCGUGCUGCGUGUUGCUCGUUACUAGCUGGGUGCGUGCUGCGUGUUGCUCGUUACGGAUAUGUGAGCCUCUACCGGGUGGUGAUUUCUUUAGUCGUUUUCCUUCCCUAUUCUUUAUACAGUAAUUAAUGUCACCGCCCUGGGUUCAAAGCUUUUCAGCGUAGCCGCUAGCCUUUUGAAGUAACAAUUCAGCUGUCGGAAGAAUACUGCACGUCUGGUUUUGUGAAGGCUGAGGUGUAGUGUAUUGGCAGUUUUUCUUCAGUUUUUUAAUAUAAAAUUGACAAAAUCACAGUCUGGCAGCAUGUGAACCAUUUCACCACUCGUUCGGUAAAAGCAUACGAUUUCACUUUCACUUCUAAAGGUGCAAUAUAGAGUGUUACUUAGUCCUGCGAUCUGUAUGUGGUACAUAAGAGCUUCUUGAAGGAGGCCAGUAGUGUAAAGCAUGUAGGGCUGUGUAUGCUUACGUUUUUUAGGUAGCAUUUUUGCUCAAACUGCGUUAAUGGUAACUGAGCUGACCUGGCUGUAAUGGGAACUAUUCUGACUUGGAGGUUGCCCCUAAUGAAGAGAGUAGGCAAUAAUACACAAUAUACAAUUUUGAUAGCAAAGAAAUGUUGAGUUUUAGAAGUCUUAUUUUGGGGGAGGGAUGUCAGGGUAUGCUUGUACAGUAUUAUAAGGAGUGAGAUUUAUUUGAGGGCUGGGUUUAUGUAGUUUGUGGCAAGUUGAAUUUGGGGUAUUUUAGUGACAGCCAGUUUUAUUUACAUGGUCUCUUCUGUUUGUUUUUUUGUUUUUUUUUUGUCCUGAUUUAAUCUCAUCUCCUGAUCAGAAAUGAAUGAGCUUGUUGUAAUGAGUGGGGAAUUGAUUCAUCUGUAGAAGGUGACGUGAGGAAUUAUUUACAUCAGGGUUCCGUCUGUGGCUCCAAGAUGUGCUGGAUGUAAAAUCUCUGUUCCGAUUUGUGAUUAUUUUUUUAUGUGCAGGGGCUUUCCAACAGGAGGGUAGAAUAAUGUGUUAUUUUAACAAUGAAUAAAUACAUUUUUUUCAUAA